AUGGAAAAGAAAGAAGCAGCCAAGAAGCAAGCUGAACUGGACAAGAUCGAACAAGCACGACAAGAGAGGAUCGCGGAACUAGAAAGACCACCACCGGACAAAAUAGACGGAUGGCGUACGCAUGCCUGGGCUUUAGUCCUACCAGGCUUCAAGGGAGUCGAGGAACCUUUUUUCAUAGAGCCCAGCGAAGGCAAACGCUACUUUGUGGACGCUGAACAGUAUCAACAACUGGAUUCUGUUUAUAAUAACGAGAAUUACUACGUAAACCUACAGUCUUGUUCGAACGGCCUGGGCUCUCUCAACUACGAACUCAGCGAUCUAAGCUGCUGGGAACAUCUCCUGGCCGGUGAACCCUUUCACAGACGCCAGCUCGUCGGUGUUGAUUACACGGACAAAGCAUCUGCUGUGUUAACGGAGAAACACCUGGACGUUCCCGCGAGUUGGGUCGAGAAACUUGAUAUCAGUGCUGACGAAUUCGAGCAACGCUACCCGGGCAGCCACAAAGUGAUCCACUACAAAAAGGUGUUAUUAGAAAAAUUCUCACCGUAUUCCCAAAACGACGGAAUUGUGAAAAGAAUUAAGAUAUUUGAAGACUACGCCUUAAGCGUACCCUUGCUCACUUACGAAUGGUACAAGAACAGAGUGGACAAGAUGGAGACCGCGCGAAUUGAUCAUGUGAAGAAAGAUGUACGGGAAACUUUCGCAAUUGGUAGAAAUGAUCAUUUGUUAAAGCACGAGUAUUCUAUGGAUGCACCGAUGACGUCAGUGGAGGGAGUCCGUACUCUACAUUUUAACUACUACCCGCGACUCGACCACCUCACGAAGCUUGUGUGUACAGCUCUGACGUUUGAUGAGUACUACACUGAUAGAAGUGACAGACUCCAAUCAAGGCAGAUAUUAUAUACAGGGGCAACUAAAGCAAAGCCUAAACGUCAAAUUAAAGAUGUAACAGAGACGUAUGGCAGGAACUCGGAUAUUCCAGCGAAAGAAGACGUUUGGAAGAGGAUCUUUCACAUGCAAGACAACACGAUAGACCUUCUAUAUCACUAUGACUACAACUUCAUCACGAACGAUACGAGGAGCUUUAUUAAGCCAAAUUUGGCUGAAACCGGUGGCAAGAUUCUAUUCUAUCCCGACAAGACUUCAGGUUACAUUGCCGACCCAUGCGCCAAACUACCCCGGCCGCUAGACAUCUAUUACACACUCUGUGAGAACAUGGAAUGGGAGGAUUGUACGAACAAGCAUAUAAGGGAUAGGGAAUCCGAAGUCACUGAAUAUUUACAGCAAAGGCACAAAGAACUAACCGAGCCUCAGCUCUACGUCGCACUUUUUGAUACUGAGAGGAACGAAGAAGCUAAAAAGGGCUGGAAGGAGCAGGAAACCCAAAAAGUUGAAAUAACAGAGCGCGAGAAAGAAGCAGAGAUCGACCCGUUGGCACCGUACUUGGCACGUAUGUUCGGUUCGGGACACGGUUCGGGAACGCCGUUAACGCACAAAGAAGCAAGCCUCGUUAGAGAACAGUGCAUAAACGACUUCAAAUCAAAGCAACUGGCGAGACAAAAUCUUAUUCAAGAAAGAUACGACAAGCUCAACGCUGAAUAUAAGGCUAAACGUCUGUGGUACCUGGCGAAUCAAUUCAUCCUGACCCCUCAAAAAGAAACAGCCUAUUUUGCUACAAGUGCUGAAUUGGCGUUCCGAGUCCACUCCCUAGAAGUCAGGCUCACCAGGCACAGGGAUCUUUCUGGACCGAGGUUCAGGGCACUGGUGGAGUAUCUAGACAAACAUCCACUGCUCAAAGAAUAUAACCGGAUGAGGAAUUCUUAUUCGAACGAUGACAAAUAA